AUGUCUGCAUCAGUCAAGAGAAAGAGACUUGCCUCAGGCUUGACUGUGACGCAAAAAGUUUUUGUCAGAUCUAGAAAUGGAAAUGCAACAAAAAUUGUCAGAGAGCAUUAUAUCAGAGACGAUAUUCCAUGUUUUUCCAAAGCUUGUGAUAAGUGUAUUGAGUGCUACAAACCUGGUCCCUCGGGUGAAGUUCCACAUCCGAUUUUGUCGGAAUCCCCUCUAGCGUUGACGAAAGGUAAAAUAGGGAAGCACUAUGUUGUGGUUGACACGAACAUUGUACUCAAUGCUAUUGACAUUUUAGAAAACGAUAAGGUGUUUUAUGAUGUCAUUGUCCCACAAACAGUUUUGAAUGAGGUUCGUAAUCAGAGCUAUCCUAUAUACAUGAGACUAAGAACGUUGACAAAAAACGAAGAGAAAAGGUUUGUUGUGUUCCACAAUGAAUUUAAGGUCGAAACAUACGUGCCAAGAAAGCAAGGUGAAAUUAUCAAUGAUUAUAACGACAGAUUGAUCAGGCAAACAGCCAAGUAUUACAACAACCAUCUUUCAGAUGCUGGAAUAUCAGUUUUACUCAUUACUGGUGAUAAGGCCAAUAAGGAACUGGCUGUCAAAGACGGUGUUAUGUCCUACACAAUCCACGAAUAUAUUAAACUACUGCCAGAUUCCGAGGAAUUGAACGAUUUGUUACCAUCCACCGAGAAUUUUGAAAAGCAAAUAAACGAAAUCAAAUACCCAGAAUACUAUUCCUCGGCUAGACUAAUGGGUGGUAUCAAAAAUGGAAGUUUAUACCAGGGUAACAUCAGUAUCUCAUCAUACAACUUUUUGGAAGGUAGUGUUAUGACAUCAGCUAUUCCUAAACCGCUUUUGAUUUUAGGUAGAGAGAACUUGAACAGAGCUUUCAACGGUGAUAACGUUGUGAUUGAACUUCUGCCUAAAAGCAAGUGGAAAAAACCUUCAACUCAAAUCAUUGACGAAGAAACUAUCGACAAAGAUGGAUUAGGGGACGACGAUGACAAUGAGGUUAUAAUCAGUGAUAAGGAAAGAAAGUUGUUAACUCAGGAAGCUAUCAAGGCACAGACAACAGAAAACGAAGACGAAAAGAUAUCACCAACUGGUAGAGUUGUCGGAAUAGUGAAGAGAAGUUGGAGGCUUUACGUCGGACAGCUUUCACCAAACGCUGUCAACAAAAAUGAGGUUGUAAGCAACUCGGCUAAAAACUGUUUUGUGAUAUUAAUGGACAGAUCUUUGCCUAAGAUUAGAAUUAGAACACGGAGGGCGAAGGAGUUGAUGGGCAAAAGAAUUGUCGUUGCUAUUGACAGCUGGAAUUCAAACUCUAAAUUUCCAAGUGGGCAUUUUGUCAGAACAUUAGGUGAGAUUGAAGAUAAAGAUGCGGAGCAAGAGGCCUUACUAUUGGAGCAUGAUGUUGAAUACAGACCGUUCUCUAAAAACGUUUUAGCAUGCUUGCCAAAGGAAGGACACGAUUGGAAUGUUGCUGAUUACAUUAGUAACGGUGACCCACUAUUGGAGAAAAGAAAGGACUUGAGGGAUAGACUUAUUUGCUCGAUUGAUCCUCCAGGAUGUGUCGAUAUUGACGAUGCCUUACAUGCAAGAAAAUUACCUAAUGGUAACUAUGAAGUUGGUGUCCAUAUUGCAGAUGUUACUCAUUUUGUUAAAGCGGGUACACCUCUAGAUCAGGAAGGUGCAUCCAGAGGUACUUCUGUUUAUCUUGUUGAUAAGAGAAUUGAUAUGUUGCCAAUGUUGUUGGGUACCGAUUUAUGUUCAUUAAAGCCAUACGUUGAUAGAUUUGCGUUUUCUGUCUUGUGGGAAAUGGACGAAGACGCUAACAUUUUGAAUGUUAGUUUCACGAAGUCAAUCAUUAAGUCUAGAGAAGCAUUUGCUUAUGAACAAGCCCAAAUACGUAUUGAUGAUAAGUCUCAGCAAGACGAAUUAACACUCGGAAUGAGAAUUUUGUUAAAGCUUUCCAAAAAGUUGAAGCAGAAGAGAUUGGACGCUGGAGCAUUGAACUUGGCCUCGCCUGAAGUUAAGGUGCAUACUGAUAGUGAAACUUCUGAUCCGAAUGAGGUGGAAAUCAAAAAGUUGCUUGACACCAACUCAUUAGUUGAGGAAUUUAUGUUGUGUGCUAAUAUUUCCGUUGCAAGAAAAAUAUAUGAUGCCUUCCCCCAAGUUGCGAUGCUACGUCGUCAUGGUGAACCACCGGCUACUAACUUUGAGUUAUUGAAUGAUAUGCUUCGGAUCAAAAAGGGACUAUCGAUUUCCACCGAAAGCAGCAAGUCUUUAGCAGACUCAUUAGACAGAUGUGUUGAUCCUAAAGAUCCAUAUUUCAAUACCUUGAUUAGAAUUAUGGCUACGAGAUGCAUGAUGGCAGCUGAAUAUUUUGCUUCGGGAAAUUUCAGCUAUGCUGACUUUAGGCAUUAUGGUUUGGCCGUGGACAUUUACACACAUUUCACGUCGCCCAUUCGUAGAUACUGUGAUGUUGUUGCACAUCGUCAGCUAGCAGCUGCGAUUGAUUACGAGCCAUUGCAUGAAAUCCAUAUGGACAAGACUAAGAUGGAUUUGGUUGUAAAAAAUAUCAACAAACGUCACAGAAACGCACAAUUUGCCGGUAGAGCAAGUAUAGAAUAUUAUGUUGGUCAAGUGAUGAAAAACAAUCAAAGUGAUCAGGAAGGUUACAUUAUCAAAGUCUUUUCGAAUGGUGUUGUUGUGUUGGUUCCUCAAUACGGUGUAGAGAGUUUGAUUAAGUUGGAAGUUCUUGGAGAUGUGAACUCUGCCGAAUUUGACGAAGAUAACUACACAUUGAAAUUCUCCGACAAAUCAGGAAAGCGCAGAAGUGUCUCUGUUUUCGACAGAGUGGAUGUUUCUAUUCAUUCCAUUCUUGAUGAUUAUACAGGAAAAAGAAGGGUCCAGCUUUUAUUGAAAUGA